UUGUACUGCACUCAGCCACUAGAGGCCCUCAGAGACAUUUGGCUUCACUCUUCCACCCCUGUUAACGACGUCCACCCAUUUAUUUAUAGUUAUUUGUUUAUCAUCAAACCUCCAGGUCAACCACAAGGGCGCGUGAGCUCGCAGGAGAAAUCCACGCCCAUUGUAAGACACUGGGUGAAGACUGCACGUGUUCAGGGAUGCUCAGGAGCAGCAUGAGCAGCUUCUUCUCACCUCCUCUGUACAUACAGAGGCACCAGUUUGUGAUUGAGUUUGUUAAAAAGUACAGACCCAGAACGGUGUUGGAUUUAGGAUGCUCUGAAUGUUUCCUCCUGAGAAAACUCAGAUUUCAUCGCUACGGUGUUGAGUUACUGGCAGGAGUGGAUAUCGACUGCGCCGCCAUCCGACGAAACAUGUAUGCACUGGCUCCACUCAUGACUGAAUACCUACAGCCAAAUGCUAGACCACUUACAAUCAAGCUUUAUCAAGGCUCCAUCACAGAAACAGAGCCAUGCACCAAGGGCUUUGAUCUGAUCACCUGCAUUGAAGUCAUGGAGCACCUUCAGCUUUGGGAAGUGGAGAGGUUUUCAGAGGUUUUGUUUGAAUACAUGGAGCCACGCACUGUGAUAAUAAGCAUGCCAAAUGCAGAAUUCAAUCCUUUAUUACCAGGACUAAUAGGCUUCAGACACAAAGACCACAAAUUCGAGUGGACCAGAGCACAGUUUCAAGCUUGGGCCGAUGGAGUUUGCAGGAAAUAUGGCUACUCGGUAGAGUUCACAGGAGUAGGAGAGGCUCCUGGGGAGAUUAGAGAUGUCGGCUUCUGCUCCCAGAUUGGCGUUUUCCAAAGAGUUGUUGGUGAUUUAAAUACACAAAGGAACAACACAGAGGAGGAGCCUACGGUAUAUCAACUGCUGUACAGGGUGGUUUACCCAAGCCUCUGUGACAACAAUAUCUUCCAGAGGACUCUAGUUAGUGAAGUCCUAUACAGAGCAGAGCAGCUGAAGAAGGAAUGGCUGGAGGGUCAGGAAGGUGAGCAGUGUGAUUUCACCUCCUGUGAACUCAUGCUACCAUCUGAGGCAGCGAGGCAGGCAAGGGAGGAAGAGGAGCUGUACAGGCAAGGGAGUUGGGUGUGUGUGCCACUUCUGCGUGUGUGGGCUGGUUCCAGAGUGCAAGCUCUGUGCAGGAAUAUCCAGCAACUUCGAGACACACUGUUGGUGGACUUGCGAGUGCAGCUAGAUGCUGACAGAGAUACCAUAAUGCUGCCUAAUGGUUAUGAAGAGGAGGAAGACGAAGAGGAAAUGGACGAGGGUGAGAAGGCAGAACGUGUGUCAAGGUCUGUGAAUGACAAUGUAGAGGAGGACUGGGAAAGUGAAAUUUGAUAAUUCCUUACCUCAGGGAUAUCGGUAUCAAUGGAACUAUAACACCUUGCAUUCACUGGCCCUCUUGUCAGGUUUACCUUCCAUAUAGGACAAUAAUAGAAUUACUGACUGGCCAAUCUGUUAUUAUGCACAAUUUAUCAACUCCCCCUAACAACAGUGGAGAAAUAAUAGCUGACUAUUUCAGUCAAUUUUGUUCUGUUGAGUAAAUUUCUUGAUAUUAAUGUAUCUUAUUAAGUAACUUAAGCAUUUUAAAAUUUAGUGCCUUUCAUCUGUACAGUGUGGAAGUGCUCUAUUUUGAUGGGAACAUCAUGGACAUUAACAGUCUAUAUCUGAACAAUUUGUGGGAAAAGCUCACAUACAGUGGAUAUAAAAUGUCUACACUCCCCUGUUAAAAUUGCAAAUUACAAAAAGUUUUUGUAAUAGAAGAAAAUUAAACAACGAUAAAUCAUGUCAGAACUUUUUCCACCUUUAAUGUCAUGUAGCAACCAACAAAAUUUAAGUGAAAAACAAAUAUAAAAAAUUUAAGGAAAAAAAAAAAAAAGUGGAAUUAUUGCCAAAAGGGAGCCGAGGGGUCAUUUGUG